AUGUUGGUGCUAAACUGUUGUACCAAAUUACUGAUACUGGAAAAAAUAUUGAAGAAUCACUUUCCUCAAUCACUCAAGGUUUAUGGAGCGGUGAUGAACAUAAAUCGUGGGAAUCCCUUUCAAAAGGAAGUGAUAUUGGAUUCAUGGCCAGACUUCAAAGCUGUCAUUACCCGGCGACAGAGAGAGGCUGAGACAGAUAACUUCGACCAUUAUACUAAUGCUUAUGCUGUGUUCUAUAAGGAUGUCAGGGCUUACCAGCAGCUAUUGGUAGAACGUGAUGUUAUUAACUGGGACCAAGUUUUUCAAAUACAAGGGCUGCAGAGUGAGUUAUAUGAUGUUACCAAAGCUGUUGCUAACUCAAAGCAGUUGCAAGUAAAGCUUACUUCCUUCCAGGCUGUUCAUUUUUCUCCUGUUUCAACUCUGCCAGACACUGGUUCCCUAACAGGGUCUUCCCCACGACUAACCUAUCUGAGUGUUGCUGAUGCUGAUCUACUCAACCGGACUUGGUCACGGGGCGGAAAUGAACAGUGUCUCCAGUACAUUGCCAACCUCAUCGCCUGCUUCCCCAGUGUGUGUGUGCGUGAUGAUAAGGGAAACCCAGUCUCCUGGUCUAUCACAGAUCAGUUUGCCACCAUGUGCCAUGGCUAUACCCUGCCAGAGCAUCGCAGGAAAGGUUAUAGCCGGCUGGUGGCCCUCACGCUGGCCAGGAAGUUGCAAAGCCGGGGAUUCCCCUCCCAGGGAAACGUCCUGGAUGACAAUGUGGCAUCGAUAAGCCUCCUGAAGAGUGUCCAUGCUGAGUUCUUGCCUUGUCGUUUUCAUAGGCUUAUUCUCACCCCUGCAACAUUCUCUGACCAAGCCCACCACUAGCCCAGUGAAACUAGAGGAAUUUUCUUACUCUCCAUGAACACACACACUCUUAGCUGCCAGUGAGGUAAGAGUUAAAACUGGAGUUAAGAGAAUCUUGGGUUGUUGAAAAGGAUCUGGAGAAAACAUCCAGGAUCAGACUCAGAAGCCUUAAUUCUUCCCAUUGUAGGUUUCUGCAGUAAAUAUCUGUUAGGGGUCAGGGGUAGCUGUGGCUGAGAGCAGAGGAUGAUUUCCUCCCUUAGGAUCCAUGGUAGGAAAAAAGGUUCUAAAACCAGCAGUUGUUAGCAUUGUAGCAGAAAUGACUGUAUGAGAACAAAUGAUUUAACACAGGAACUUGUGGCUGCUGCUUUAUUAUUGCUGCUUGGACUCCUGCUCUGUAUUCUCACAACACACUGCUCCAUACUGCCCUAAACACUCCCCUGUCCCCACUGCUAUGUCUCACCAACCUCUCUUUCUACCACCUCUGCCCCAAGUUCCCUGCAGGAUAUGCUGCUUUUUCCCUUUUAAUUACUGGCUCUCCACUUUUGCCUAUGAUUCUAGCCUGUAGUUCUCCCCUGGGAAUGUCCAAAUGCAGUGGUUCUCACAUUUUAGUGUUUAUCAGAAUUACCUGGAGGGCAGGUGGCAACACAGAUGACUGGGCCCCUCUCUCCUCCAUAGUUCUUGAUUCAGGAAGUAUGAGGUAAGGCCUGAGAAUUUGCAUUUCUAAUAGUUUCCCACCACUGACUUACUUUGGAUGGAUAAA